AUGUCUUCUCUAUCCACUGCCUACCCCACCGAUGGUCAGGUUAUCGACAUUGGUGGUUCGUCCAUCAACCUCACCUUUGUUGACGAUCAGCUUCCCAAGGCCUUCCUUGGUAAGGGUGACUUCCCCAAGGAAGUCGCCUACACUUCCGGCAUGGACAAAUGGAACAAGAUUGCCGACAAGUCCUACCAGACUUCUGAUGAAAUGGCCAUCAUCAAAGCCACCGCCAAGCAGGUCGUUCAGCAACUCAAGUCUGGUACUCAUAUCAUUGACCUCGGCGCUGCCAACUCCAAGAAGUUUGAGCCCUACGUCCACGAAUUCAUCGCUCAGGGCAAGGAGUGCGUCUAUGUGGCUCUCGAUCUGUCUCACGCCUCUCUUGUUGAACACAUUGCCAAGGCUAAGGCUACUUUCCCUGGUGUCAAGUGUAUCGGUCUCUGGGGUUCAUUUGAACAGGGAGACGUUUACUUCAAGCAGACUCGUCCUACUGCUCGUCUCUUCCUUUCUCUCGGCAGCAUCUUCUAUAAUGCUCCAGACUCUAUGGCUAAGGAUCGUUGUGUCGAGUUCAAGGGCCACAUGACUCCCGUUGAUCGUCUCAUUGUCGGCCAGGAUGGACCUACCAGUGCUGAAGCCAGCCAGACCCAUGCUGCGUACAACACUGUCGAGUACGACGCUUUCUUCACUACCUAUCUUCAGGGUCUUCAGGAUCACGCUGGCAUUGUUGGUGCUAACCCCAAGACCGCUUGGACCGUCGAGAGCAAGCUCAACAAAGCUAUGCAUUACUUCGACGUCACUGCCAACCACGACAUGACCUGCACUAAGUUCGAUAUCUACGUUCCCGCCGGAACGGUUUUCAAGAUGUUCAAAUCUUGGAAGCGAUACGAGGGUGAGAUUCACCAGCUCACCAACGAGGUUGGCCUGGAGAUUGAGACUCUCGGCAAGGCUGAGAACUCCGGUAUGCGUCAAUAUAUCAUCAAGGCUGCCGAGAACUAA